AUGGAACCCGAUCAUGAGAAGCCAGUACUGUCAGGUAAAAUCAACGACUCUCCAAUUGAGCAAGUGAGGGAUGCGAUUCCCACCACCGAUGAUCCAACUAUGCCAGCGCUAACUUUUCGAAUAUGGGUUUUGGGUCCUAUCAUAAAUGUUUUCAUGUCCGCUAUGUUUCAAAUCUUUUUCUAUCGACAAGUUGGCAUCAAUGUGACAAACUCUCUAAUCCAAAUAUUCAUCCUUCUAAUUGGAAAGCUAAUGGCAAACAAAAUUCCAAACAAGAUAGUGAGAAUUCCUGGGACCAAAUUUAAGUUCUCCACGAAUCCGGGACCAUUCAACAUAAAAGAGCAUGUUUUGGUCACCAUACUUGCCACUACUGGAUUCGAAGCUUCUCAAUCCAUUAUCGUUAUGGACGUUGCAAGAGCCUACUUCCACAAGAAAAUAAGUUUUAUACCAUUGUUUUUGCUGGUCCAAACAACUCAAAUGAUUGGAUACGGGUUUGCUGGAAUGUUAUUCAAGUUCCUUGUUGAAUCUCCUUAUAUGUGGUUUCCUUUUCUCUUACUGGACGUAUCGUUUUACAGAUCUCUGCAUGAGACAAAAGGAUCAAGGCCUAAAGGAGGCAUUAGCAAAUUACAGUUUGUACUCAUUGUUUCUGUCUCAAUGUUUGCCUACUCUGUUGUGUCCAACUAUUAUAUGGUAUCGCUCAUUACCGUCUCAUUUGUGUGUUGGAUAUGGAAAGGCUCGGUCAAAGCACAGAUAAUUGGUUCAGGUUCUCAUGGUCUUGGAAUUGGCUCUUUUAGCCUUGACUGGAUGUCCAUAACUGGCUAUAUAGGAUCCCCAAUGGCCUAUCCCAGAUAUGCUAUAGUUAAUAAGCUGGUGGGAUUUGUGGCCAUGAUGUAUAUAAUUGCUCCAAUUGCAUAUUGGACUAAUUUAUUCAAUGCCAAGAGAUUCCCCUUUUUCAGUCUUAAUAUUUAUGAUUACGAUGGAAAGUUCUACAAGACUGCUAGUGUCUUUGGCGACGAUAUGGUACUUGAUCCUCAGGCAUACCAUAAUUAUUCCGACAUCUAUUUCAGUAUCUUCAGCGCCAUGACCAUGGGGUUUGGAUUUGCAGGAUUAACAGCCACACUCACUCACUUUUUUCUAUUCUACGGAAGGUAUGCAUGGGUAUAUGGAGACCAAAUUCAACUUCCUACUUGGGGUUUUUUGGUUGCAGUGCUUGUGGCCGCCAUUUUACUUCUUCCCGUGGGUGCAAUUAAAGCUACAACUGGAAUCUCUCUUUCAAUGUUCCUAAUUGGUGAGAUGAUCAUGGGUUAUGCGUCACCGGGAAAACCCAUAGCCAACAUCGCUUUUGUAUCAUAUUGCCAAAGCACCAAAUUACAUGCCUUGAACUUUAUAGCUGAAUUCAAAUUGGGACAUUACAUGAAGAUUCCUCCAAGAUCCAUGUUCCUCGUUCAGAUUGUUGGAGCAUUGUUAGCAUCCACAACACGCAUUUUCGCAGCAAGGUGGGCGCUCAAUUCAAUCAAAAACAUCUGCGUCCUGGAGGAGGGGAAUAUCUGGACAUGCCCUUCUGUUACCACUUCCUACAACAGAGCAUUGAUAUGGGGAGGAAUUGGUCCAAGCCGAGUGUUUGCACCGCAUGGUCAGUAUGCAUGGCUAUACAUCUUCUUCCUGAUAGGAGUGGUGGGACCAGUGAUGGUUUGGAUUCUAAGUCGCAAAUAUCCUCAAAAGAAGUGGAUUAGACUGAUCAAUUUCCCAAUAAUAUUUACGGGCACAGCAAUGAUGCCCCCAAUGGGUGCAGCCCAUAUAUGGAGUUUCUUUAUCGUGGCCUUUAUCUUCAACUUCUGGGUUUACAGCAGGCACAAAGGGUGGUGGUCUAAGCAUGCUUAUGAUCUGUCUAAUGGCCUCGAUUUAGGGACUGCUAUUUUCAGUGUACUCUAUAUGAUUCUUGCUCUUCAAGAUAUCUACGAGGUCCAAUGGAUUGGGGGCGCUGAUGAACAGUGCCCUUUAUCUCUCUGCCCUACUGCUCCUGGCGUUAUUAAAAAGAACUGCCCCGUCUUCUACUGA